AUGGACACCGCUGGGCUUCCUAGACACCUCCAAAAUAUGCGGACUUCGUUUGUCAAGGCGCAAGCCCAGUUCCCAAUGGAGGACAAGUUUCCGCCAACUCUAGCCCCGGAAGAUGGGCCAAUUAUUGCACAGCUCAACAUGUAUUACAUCUCCUAUUACGUCACGGAACGUGUUUUUGUCAAGCGGCAGCCCCAUCAAGACGAAAUGGGCCUGGACGUCCACGGUAGCCCUGUUGUGGUCUCUUAUGUUGCUGAUCGCCUUCGAAACGAGGCCGCAGUCCUAGACUUCGUCGCGGCACAGACAAAAAUCCCCGUCCCCAAGCUGCUUAGGGUGUGGGAGCAAAACGGACUGGUACAUCUGAAGACAGAAUUUAUAGGGCACGGCGUCGGGCUCGACGACAUCGGUAAGGCCGAUCUACCCAAGGCUCUGGAGGUGGUUUCUGCCCAGCUGAGGCAGGAUAUCCUGCCGCAACUCGACAGAAUCCCCCAUCAACCUCGCAUGGGAAGCCCAGACGCUACUUUGCCUCUCAUUCCGCCGCACUGGAUGUGGGACUGCAAGGAGAACAGGGGGGCAGUCUGCCGCAGUCAGGAUGUUUGCACACAGUCCACAGAUGAAGUUGGCAUAUCAUGCAUUCUUCGACUUGACUAA